AUGGUUGAAACGACGACUACUCGAAAAAAAUUAUUUCCAAAAAAUGAUGAGCUCAGAUUUUGUUUAGAUUGUGGAAAAGAAAGAUUUAGUUAUGGUUGGUGUAAGGACUGUGAAACUUCGUACAUGAUUUCUCAUUUCAAAGCUUGGACAAGUGGUAAUGAUUACAUUGACAAGUUAAUUCAACGUACUCAAAAAAAUGCUACCCAAACAUGUGAUUACUUGGAAUAUAUUGAUUUCAGCCAAUUCGAUUUGAUCACAUAUGUCUCUAAAGGUGGCUUCUCAACUGUUUAUAAAGCAAAAUGGCUGGAAGGUCCACGGUGGAACUGGGAUGAAGAUGAUCAGGGAUGGGAGCGUAGCGGUCCUAUUAAUAUAGAAGAUCAUUGUAAAUGUUUGCAAAGUGGUCAUCUUGCUGAUUGUUUUGGAAUAACACGUGAUCCAACCGGUUGUAUCAUGUUCGUAAUGCGUUUUUAUGACAAUGGCAAUGUAUAUGAAUUCCUUGAUAAAGUAAAAGGAAUAAUAACGUGGAGGGAUAUAAUAGAUAUGCUAUGGGGCGUAGCUAGUGGUCUAGACAAAAUUCACUCCGAGAAAAGGUUUCACUCAAAUCUUCAUGGUGGCAAUUUGCUCAUUGAAGACGAAACUAUAUCAACAGAUGCUCGUAUAGCGGACAUUGAUGAAUUUAUUAAAGAUAUUCCAAAUCUCUAUCGAGAAUUAAUGGAAAGAUGUUGGGACUCGAAUCCAUCAAAUCGACCGACUGCUUCAGAGUUGUAUAAUUUAUUGGGCAAAUGGAUCAUAUGUAUUUGUGAUGAUCCAAAUCCUUCUCCAAUUUCAGAAGAAUUCUUCAAUGCAGAAGAGAAAAGGUGGGAUUUAAUUGGAAAACAACUAAAUAGCAAUAGUUUCUCUAAAGUCGUCGUUCAUCCUGAUGCC